AUGAACCCCGAGUGUAGAUACGAUUACCUCUUCAAGCUCCUCCUCAUCGGUGACUCCGGUGUUGGAAAGUCUUGCCUGCUGCUCCGUUUCGCCGACGACACCUACACCGAGUCUUACAUCUCUACCAUUGGUGUCGACUUCAAAAUCCGCACGAUAGAGCUUGACGGAAAGACGGUGAAGCUGCAGAUUUGGGAUACCGCCGGCCAGGAGCGCUUCCGAACCAUCACUUCGUCUUACUACCGUGGCGCCCACGGCAUCUGCGUCGUGUACGAUGUCACCGACAUGGACUCGUUCAACAACGUCAAGCAGUGGCUGCAGGAGAUCGACCGCUACGCCACUGAGGGCGUCAACAAGCUGCUCGUUGGCAACAAGAGCGAUAUGGCCGACAAGAAGGUUGUCGAGUACACCGUUGCCAAGGAAUUUGCCGACAGCCUCGGCAUUCCCUUCCUCGAGACUUCGGCCAAGAACGCUAGCAACGUCGAGCAGGCGUUCCUCACCAUGGCGCGCCAAAUCAAGGAGCGCAUGGGCACCACGACCGCCAACAACGAGAAGCGCAGCGUCCAGGUCGGCCCCGGCCAGAACGUCUCUUCGUCCCCGAGCGGCGGCUGCUGCUAA